AUCACCCAGGAAGCCAAAGGCAAGCUCCCCCUGCCAAAGCGCCUUGGCCCAUAAGAAGGAAAGGGUGAGCCCCAGAUGUGAUGAGCGCUUCCAGGCUUCAGGCUCAGAAGGCACUCAGCCCCCAGCUCUCCUGUAACUCAGAGGCCAGUGUGAUGGGAGCUUCUUCACUCAGCACACGUCGGCUGUAAACACACCUGUGCUGGGCGAAAGGGCUUUGGGACAAUUCCUUUAGGCCACUUUGAGGAUUUGGGGUCUGCCUAGGGCAGUGGGAAGCUGAUGAAGGAUUCUAAGCUAAGGAGUUCAUCAUUCUGGCUCCUAUAAGGUUGCUUAUCUUUCUCUCCCGUGUAAUCUCCACUCUCAUUCGUGAUAAUGUCGAACGUGAAAAAGAUGUCUUCUCUUCCUUUGAUGACCAAGCAGCACAAAGCUCAGCUGGAACGCCGGAUCGCUGGCUCAACCAACCGGUGGCGUUUCCCCAAACAGCCUUUUUCUGGGGACCUGCUCUCACUUUCCCAGAAGUGCAAGGCUCUGAGUGUAGACUUUGAGGAAGCUCUGAGGAACCCAGACAGGUUAUGCAUUUCACAAAUUCAGAAGCUUUUCUGUGGGAAUUUGAAGGACGAGGACAUCCAAAGUGGGGAGGCAGAUGUGAUUCUCGAGUGCCUGGGCUUCAAAUGGGAACUCCAUCAGCCCCAGCUUUUCCAGUCUCAGACCUUGGCCAAGCUCUAUUUGGAAGCCCUGGCACAGGGCAGCACAUCUCCCCUGAGGGAGCUGGAGAAGCUUCUGCAAGCUCAAUCACCUAAGAAGACCAAAGAAAGACCCCCCGUCAAGAAGAUGACCAUUUCCUUGAAGAUCAAUGACCCACUGGUCACUGAAGUCCCCUUCGCCACGGCCCUGAAAAGCCUCUACAUGAGUGAGGUGGAGAUUCUCUUGGACAACGUGCUGGGGGUCCUGGCUUCCGCCCACAUCCUCCAGUUCAAUGGCCUGUUUCAAAGGUGCCUGGACGUGAUGAUGGCCGGUCUCACGCCAACCACCAUCAGGAAAUUCUAUGAGGCUGGCUGCAAGUACAAGGAAGAGCAGCUCACCACGGCCUGCGAGAAGUGGCUGGAAAUGAACUUGGUUCCUCUGCUGGGGACACACGUCCACCUCUGCAGAGUCCCGCAGGACCUGCUCCACAAAGUGCUGAAGUCUCCCAGGUUGUUUACCUUUAGUGAAUUCCGUCUUCUGAAAACGAUACUUUUUUGGGUCUUCCUGCAACUAAACCACAAGAUUAUGGCAAUUCCGACUUAUGAAACCAUGCUGACGUUUUUUAAGAGCUUUCCCAAGAACCGUUGCUUUCUGGACCGGGAUAUAGGACAGAGAUUGAGGCCGCUCUUCCUCAGCUUGCGUCUGCACAACAUCACCAAAGGCAAGGAUCUGGAGGAGCUGCAGGACCUUAACUUCUUCCCAGAGUCGUGGCUGCACCGGGUUGCAGCCAACCAUUACCACGCAAUGGAGAAUGGAGGUGACAUGGCUCACCUGAAAGAUCUUAACACCCAGGCUGUGAGAUUUGGGCUGCUCUUUAACCAGGAGUAUACGACUUAUUCAAAACUGAUUGCUGUAUAUGGAUUCUUCUUUGAAAUAAAGGGACUCAAACAUGAUACUGCCUCUUACAGUUUUUACAUGCAGGGUGGCUUGGAACAAGCUUGACACACAGAGCACCAUAUGCAGUAGGGAAGAAGAGGAUGGUGAUGUUGACGGUGGCAAUGACAACUAUGAUGAAGGAUCACUGUGUUCCACUUAAGAUUUGCUUGUAAGUCUCUCUUCUCUAAUCUGCACACUUUUGGGAGGCCACGUCUUAUUAAUCUUUUUAUUACUGCUGUCAAUCACAGUACCAGGAACACAGAGAAGCUGUAUUUUUUCACUUUUCUUUAUUUUUUAAGAUGGAGUCUCACUCUGUCACCCAGGCUGGAGUGCAGUGGCACAGUCUCGGGUCACUGCAACCUCUGUAUAAAGGAGCUUUAAAUGACUGACUGACUGACUGAAUGAAUGAAUGAAUGAAUGAAUGGAUAAAUGAAGAAAUGAAUACAUGAAUGAAGAAACCAGAGUUUUAGUCCAGCUUUGCCAGUACCUCAUAUGUGCCCUGGAGCAAGUCAUUUCUCUUCCUCAGCUCUUGGUCUCCACUGACUCAGGCGUCUCUACACAGUGAGUUCUUCUGAUUGGAAGAGAUGAAUUAUGUGACAAUACCAGUCCAAACGCCCUUAUGAGUAUUAUGUUGGUUUUUUAAUUCUGGCAAAGCCGUCAUAAAGCUUGACUUAAUGGUGUUUUUCUAGAUUUGCCAAAGUCCAGGCCAUGAGCCAGUGGUUUAUGUAGGGUGAGGGCUCAAAUGAGAACUGACUCAGCAGCAGCCACUUUUAGGAGAUGGUGCCAAUUGGGAAAUGCCCUCUUGCUGCCCUCACAUAUUAUAUACCAGGGUCUAUGUGCCAGGCGCCGGCUUUCGUGAACUC